AUGGGCGUAUCAAGUUGGGAAUAUACCAUUAACCGGUACGGCCACCGUGCUGUCGAGCUUCUCGCGGCCGAAUGGCACCUCGGCUUCACGGCGUUUGGCGGACCGCCGGUUCAUUUUAAGAUUUGGCAUGACAAGUUUGUUACCAAAUUGAAGUGGAUUGAUGAGCAACUAUAUCAAGAGCUCUUUGGCAUUGCUCAGGCACUAUGCGGUCCGGGAAGCACCAAGAUGCUAUACUGCAUCAACUUGAUCCAUGAUGGAUUCUUCGGUGCAGUCUUCGGCUUUCUCAUAUGGAGUCUCCCCGGAGCGCUGGGCAUGUUUGGUCUUGCCAUCGGUGUUUCCAACAUCGGAUCGGCUCUUCCCCGUGCUGUUUAUGCCCUCUUAUCAGGACUUAAUGCGGCUACUGUCGGCAUCAUUGCCCUGGCAGCUGUGCAGCUUUCAAAGAGCACUGUCACGGAUAAUGUCACUAGGGCUUUGGUGUUUCUCAGCAGUGCUGCUGGCAUGCUGUACAACGCCCUUUGGUAUUUCCCCUUGCUCAUGUUUCUCAGCGGUGUCGCUGCAGUUGUGCAUGACUACCGCUGGCUGCAUAAGCCUAUGAAGGCGACGGUGGCCUUGCUAAGCUGGAGGAAGAGAGGCACAACUGCUAUCGAAGAGGGCAAGGAGCCUAUGCAAGCUAUACAGAGUUCAUCUUCAGCUGGGCCUUCAUCGAGAGCCGCCAUCUCGAGUCAUGUUCAACAUGAGGAUCGGCUGAGCGAACAAAGGCUCUCUGGGGCUGAAUCUGAGCCUAGAGUCAUCCCGCAAGAAUAUCGCUUGAAUUUUUCUUGGAAGGUCGGGACCGCCAUUAUAGCAGCCUUUUUUGCGACCUUUAUUGCUACUAUGGUCUUGCGGAGCGUUUUAAAUAGCCCUCCUCUCUUGUUCAGCUUGUUUGCCAACCUAGAAUACGUCGUUGCCGAGGGGUGGGUCAGCCCGCGAGACUUUCUGAUCGGACUUGCACUUGCUCAGGCGUUUCCGGGUCCCAACUUCAACUUUGCUGUAUUUCUGGGAACUCUAGCUGCCUCCAAUAGUGGCAGCUCGUCGACUGCUGGGGCGGUCAUCGCCUUUGUUGGCAUCUUUUUCCCGGGCAUCGCCCUCGUCCACGGCACAAUGGGCGUUUGGAGCUCGCUGCGGAAUAGACGAUGGGUCAAGUCCGGGUUGAGGGGUGUGAAUGCCGGCGCUGUUGGGCUGAUUUAUACAGCCGUCUAUCGAAUCUGGCAGGUUGGGUAUCUUGAUGAAGGGUUCCAGUCUGGACGAAGCCUGGGUGACGAUCCAUGGUGGGUUGUGGUUACAGCCACGGCAUAUGUUGGGGGCAGAUAUUAUGGAGUUUCAGCGCCUGUAGCCAUCGUUCUGGGAGCUAUCAUGGGGUUGAUUCGAUAUGGCGUCGUAUCUGGCCGAGGCUGA